ACCACAGACUAUAAGAAAAUCUAGAAGGUCAGAAACAAGUUUGUUAUUUGUUUGUGGCUGUGUCUGUUGCGUCCAAUAGUUUGUUGAAAGUUUUAUAUUUUUUGAAAGUGCCAACGCCCAGUAAGUCUGCUUUCUUAUAAUUUCCAUUUUCAAUAAUAGUGCCAAAUCUACAAUGCCUGUUUUCGAUAACAACCGAGAAAUUGAUUUUGAAAUAGUAUUUUUUGAUCUCGAGACUGGAGGGUUUGCAUAUGAAGACGAUAUUCUUCAGAUUGGACUUCGAUACCAAGAAAAGUGGGAAGGAAUUUACGUCACGCCGACGAAACGAAUUUCUCCGUCUGCUUCUGAAGUUCAUAAUUUAACCAACAUCGGCGAAGAAUUAUUUUUUCAUGGUAUACAAAUACCAUCAGUGCCACUUCAAGCGGCUUUGAAAAAAACUUUGGAUUUUCUUUUGACAACAAACAAGCCGUGCGUUUUGGUAGCCCACAACGUGAAUUUCGAUAGUACCCGUUUGAUUAAUGCAUUACUAAAAACCGGCCAAAUUGAGGAAUUCAGCAAAAUUAUAUUUGGGUUUGUUGAUACCUUGCCGCUUUUUAGAAACAUGUUGAAUCGCCAAAAUAAUUGUAGUCUUGGCUUUCUUGCAAAAGAAGCAAAUAUUAAAGCAUGCGGUGCUCACGACGCUCUAGCAGAUGUUUUAAUUUUGCAAAAAUUGAUUAAGCACCACCAAAUUUCCGAUGAACAGCUUCUAAGCCAAGUUAGCCAAUUUAAUUAUGAGGUUUCAAAACAAAUUGCUAAAAACCAUGCACGGAUGAUUUUAAAAACACUGUCUCCACUUGAGGGUACAGUCUCUGAAGGAAUGAUGAACAAAAUGGCCGCUGCAGGGAUUGAUUUUCCGACAAUAAUUGAUACAUAUAUCACUUUAGGGGAGGACGGAAUUUAUAUGUUGUUUACAGAACUUGUUACAGAAAAACCCCGGGUGACUAAAUCCAGAAGAAUUAUAAAUUCUGUUACUUCGUUCCUGCAAAAUAUAAUUACCUAGUGGUGUUUGAGGGUUUAGGUGUUUUAGUUAGUUGGGUGCUUUUAAGAUGAUCUUUAAAUGUAGGUAUCAUACCUAUUUAGUUGUUAGGUUUAGACAUUUUUUUUAUUUUUUUUUUUAUCUCUGUGACUCUUUCUAUGGUACGAAUUGCAGAACUAUUAGAUAUAUUUUUAUAAUAUUAUUGGGUUUAGUUAAGUUAGGUGAGUUUUUGACGACUUUUGAUGUAUAAUUUUGUCUAUUGGAUAAAAGUUUUAACGAAAGAAGAGAUACAAGGAUUUAGAAGACAUCACUUUCAUUUAUGAAGAUUUUGUUGAUAAUGUUUCUUCAU